CCGCUCUGCUCGGGCCGAGGCGGGCCUGGCAGUUUCCCAGCAGCGCCUCCCUCCCUCCCGCCCAGCCUUUCCUGCCUGCCUUCCUUCCUUCCAGACCUGCGUCCAUCCAGCCAGCCAUCCAUCCAUCCGCCCUCCGGAACCGAGGAGCCGGCCAGGGCCUCCCGUGACCUCAUCCCCUUCCGGCCAUGGCCACGAUUGUGUCGGAGAAGCUCGGCCACCUCUUCCUCAACGUCCAGCACCUGCGGAGAGUUCCCCGGCUCUUGGAGGAGGCGCUGCCGCCGUCCUCGUGCACGGUGGGGGCCUCGGACGUGCCGCGGGUCUUCCAGAAGCCCUACAUCCACGCCGGCUACCGGCCGCUCCACCGGACCUGGCGCUACUACUUCCUGUCGCUCUUCCAGCGGCACAACGAGGCCGUCAACGUCUGGACGCACCUGGUGGCGGCCCUGGUGCUGGCGGUGCGCUUCUGGCGGCUCUCGCGGGCCGUGGACUUCCUGGGGGACCCCCACACGCAGCCCCUCUUUGUCAUCGCGGCCUCCUCCGUGGUCUACUCCACCUUCAGCACCCUGGCCCACCUGCUGCAGGCCAAGUCCGAGUUCUGGCACUGCGCCUUCUUCUUCCUGGACUACGUGGGCGUCGCGACCUACCAGUACAGCAGCGCCCUGGUGCACUACUACUACGCCAUCGAGCCCGAGUGGCACGCGCGCAUCGCCGGCUUCUACAUCCCGGGGGCCGUGGUGCUGGCGUGGCUCUCCUGCGCCGGGUCCUGCUACGCCAAGUACCGCUGCCCGCACCUCUCCUCGCUGCUGGGGCGGCUGUGCCAGGAGAUGCCCUCGGCCGUGGCCUACGCCCUGGACAUCAGCCCCGUGCUCCACCGCAUCUACGUCUCCUCCGGGUCCGCGUCCGGGGGGGAAGACGUGGCUCUUCUGUACCACAAGUGCCACGUCCUCUUUUUCCUCAUCGGGGCCUUCUUCUUCGCCUACCCGUACCCGGAGAAGUGGUUCCCGGGGAAGUGCCACUUUGUGGGCCAGGGCCACCAGGUCUUCCACGUCUUCCUCAUCCUCUGCACGCUCACCCAGGUGGAGGCCGUGCUCCUGGAUUACGAGACACGGAGGCCCGUCUACUCGCGGCUCCACGGCGGCCGGGCCCCGCUCUUCUCCGCCCUGUGGCUUCUCCAGGUGUGUUGCUGCAGCCUCACCGCUCUCUACAUGACGGCCAAAGUGAAGCGCAAGUUGUGCCAAAAAGAGGAGUGACCGAGACUGGAAACCGAGAGGAGCCCACUCGCCGGAUUCCUUACUUGCGACACUCUUUGUGCCUCCGUGCCAAGGAGAUACAAUGUUUGAUCUCAGAGGACUACGUUCGUCUGUGACCACAGAGAGACGCCACGGCUUGUAUCCUCCGUCACACUUAUUGUGCCUGAACAGGUGGAGGGACUGGGCGAAACACUGCACCUUUAUCUGGACCUAAGAGGCCUCCAGUUUUGGAAAGUUGCUCCCAAAAAAGAGCUGAGAGAAGAUUUUUUUGGGGACUACAACUCCCAGGAUGUUGGGAGUUGUAGUUCCAAGGAAAUAACUUUCUCUCUGCUCCGAGUCUCUUUCCAAAAGUGGAUGGAAACUUUCCAAAACUUUCUGAGACUGGAUGGAAACUUUCCAAAACUGGAUGGUAACUUUCUGAAACUUUCCAAAAUUGGAUGGUAAAUUUCUGAAACUUUCCAAAAUUGGAUGGAAACUUUCUGAAACUUUCCGAGACUGGAUGGUAACUUUCCAAAACUUUCUGAAACCGGAUGGUAACUUUCUGAAACUUUCCAAUACUGGCCUUUGUAGCCUGCAUUUUCCAGCCAGAACCGGGAUAUUCCUGCUCCUGAAAAUGUUGUGUUUUUUGGCCUUUGUAGCGCAUUUUCCAGCCAGAACCAGGAUAUUCCCACACCUGAAAAGCUCAUGUUUUUUGGCCUUUGUAGCCCGCAUUUUCCAGCCAGGACCGGGAUAUUCCCACACCUAAAAAGCUCAUGUUUUUUGGCCUUUGUAGACCGCAUUUUCCAGCCAGAACUGGGAUAUUCCUGCUCCUGAAAAUCUCAUUUUUUGGCCUUUGUAGCCCACAUUUUCCAGCCAGAACUGGGAUAUUCCCACACCUGAAAAGCUCAUGUUUUUUGGCCUUUGUAGCCCGCAUUUUCCAGCCAGAAUUGGGAUAUUCCUACACCUGAAAAGCUCAUGUUUUUUGGCCUUUGUAGACCGCAUUUUCCAGCCAGAACCGGGAUAGUCCCGGUCCUGAAAAUGCCUUUUUGCAGGGAAGAUCGGCUCCAAUGUUUUGGUCCCAGACCAUUGCUUUUGGUCACCGUCCGACACGGAAACAUGUGCCAAGAUGAAAUUGCAUCCAGCCUUUCUGCCAAAAAAAGCCGUCUCGAACCAUGACAUUCACACAGCGUGGAUAAGGAAUUCCUUAACUCCAAGCCAAUCGUUUUGGGAACGCCGCUCUCUUGUAGGUCAAGUCUUUACAUACACACACACACCAGCAAGAAGGAUCUGUUCAUGCCACAAUUGCUUUGGAUCCGUGCAACAUUGCCGUUUUCCGACUUGCCAGUUUUCGACACGGAGCCGACUUUUUACAUCCAGACACACACACUUGGUUCUUGGAUUGUCUGAAUGCAAACCUAUUGGGGUCCAUUAAGUGCAGUUAAGUGUGUAUAAAGGUUAGUUUCAGAUAUUCUGAGGUGGGAAUGCCUUUGUGGUGUGCAAAGACUUGCAUUUGGUCUCUCUCUUUAUUGCCCGUCUGGUAUUUUUGUACAUUUUCAUGGGCCUGGUGGAGUCCCUUUCUUUCUAUAAAGUACUUUUCAAAAGC